CCAACUGUCAAACACACACAAAAUUUUUUUUAAUAAAGGAUAAAAUUUUUUCUCUCGUUUAAGUUUGUUGGAAAUCUCUCGGAAUAUAAGAAAAAUUUUUUGUGAUGAAUUCAUAUAAAAAAUAACCGGAAUAAACUAACGAAAAAAUACCAAAAAUUUAUUUUAAAUUGUGAAUAAAACUUUUUCUAUUCAUUUUUUUCACACACGACGACGGUGGUGCAAAUUGCAAUUUUGGUGUACCAAAGAAAAAAAAAGAAUUUUUUUCUUCUCUCGGUUCUGGUUUUUUGGUGUAUGGUGGAAAUUUUUUCUUCAAGUGUAAAAAACAUUUUUAAAAACGCAUCAAAAAUCCUCUAGCACAAAAAAUCCAUACAUUUUUAAAAAAAUAUUUCGCACAAAUUGAAAACGAAAUCAUAAUUUUUUUUUCCUAAGAAGAAAAAAAAAAUAUUAAAUUUGUUGGAAGUGAGCAAAGAAGCACAGAAAAAGAAAAAAAAAUCCAAAAGAGGUGGAGUGCGAGAAAAGAGCAGAACCAGAGCAUACACACUCAUCACAUUAAACCCGUGUAAGAGUGACAGAGAAGGCUGACGAACGGAGAAAUCCAGAGCAAGUGUACCAACACCAACACACACACUAGCCAAACUAUAUCACCUGCACACCGGAUAGACAGAGUAAGCACAAAGAUCGAACGAACGAAAAGUAGGGAAAUUUUUUUUUUCAUUAUAUUAAAACAGGAACAAAAAAAAAACUAGCAGGAAAGAAAUAUUUUUUUCUCCCCACUUGCUUUUCCAGCAGAAGAAAACCAAACCAAACGCAACAACAACAAAAAUUCUGUGUGUGUACUUUAUUUUUUCGUUAAAUUACCUUACAAAUCUAACACACAAAAAAAUAAUUAAAUUUAAAAAAACUAAAAAAUGAAUGAAUUAGACAGUUUACGGCAAGAAGCUGAAUCAUUAAAAAAUGCAAUCCGUGAUGCCCGCAAAGCAGCCUGCGACACCAGCCUGGUGCAGGCCGCUAGCAAUUUGGAACCAAUCGGGCGUAUACAGAUGCGUACGCGCAGAACCCUACGCGGCCAUUUAGCAAAAAUUUACGCCAUGCACUGGGGCAAUGACUCCCGCAAUCUAGUAUCUGCCUCUCAAGAUGGUAAACUUAUCGUAUGGGAUUCGCAUACCACGAAUAAAGUGCAUGCCAUACCGCUACGCUCGUCAUGGGUAAUGACAUGUGCAUAUGCGCCAUCCGGUAGCUAUGUUGCGUGCGGCGGUCUCGAUAAUAUGUGUUCAAUCUACAAUCUUAAAACUAGAGAAGGUAAUGUGCGUGUAUCGCGCGAAUUACCCGGACAUGGGGGUUAUCUAUCAUGCUGUCGCUUCCUAGAUGACAAUCAAAUUGUUACCAGUUCGGGUGAUAUGUCCUGCGGUUUGUGGGACAUUGAAACUGGCCAACAAGUGACCUCAUUUAUGGGUCAUACUGGCGAUGUAAUGGCAUUGUCGCUAGCGCCACAAUGUAAAACAUUUGUAUCGGGUGCUUGUGAUGCAUCGGCAAAAUUAUGGGAUAUACGUGAGGGUGUAUGCAAGCAAACGUUUCCCGGUCACGAGAGUGAUAUUAAUGCCGUAACAUUCUUUCCAAAUGGUCAAGCAUUUGCCACCGGUUCGGACGAUGCUACAUGCCGACUUUUUGAUAUUCGUGCUGAUCAGGAACUAGCGAUGUACUCACAUGAUAAUAUUAUUUGUGGUAUUACAUCUGUUGCAUUCUCGAAAAGUGGUCGACUUUUAUUGGCCGGCUAUGAUGAUUUUAAUUGUAAUGUCUGGGACACAAUGAAGGCCGAACGGUCUGGUAUAUUAGCAGGACACGAUAAUCGAGUGUCAUGCUUGGGUGUUACAGAGAAUGGUAUGGCCGUUGCUACAGGAUCAUGGGAUUCUUUCUUACGUGUGUGGAAUUAAAAAAAAUAAAUCCAAUACAUAAUAUAUAACAAAAAAACACCAUAUAAAAUUUAAAAUUACACACACAACACACAAAAGAAAAAAAAAAAGAGUAAAUAAAUUAAAUAAUAUAUAUAUAUAAAUAUAUACAUAAAGUAAAUAUUAAAGCAACAACAACAAGAAUAAUUUAAAAAUAAAAAAAAGCAUUUACAUAAAAAAAAAUAAAUAACAAAAAAAAUUACAAAAAAAAACCAUUAAAAAAAAAAACAAAAAACACAUUUAUAACAUUUUUCUUAUAAUAUUUAAGUCUAUAAUUUAUACAAAUUUUAUAUGGCCAUAUAAGCUAUGCAUAAAAAAAAUUAUCUUAAAACUAAAAAAAAAAAAAAUAGUGUGCAAAAAAAAAGAAUAACAAAAAAAAAAAUAAUUUAUAUAAAAACUAGGUAAAAAAAACACAAAAAACUGAUAAUGAGUACGUCUAAAGUAAAAAAUAAAAAAAAAACAAAAAACACAAUCCCAUUCUUUUUAUAUAAAUAUUAAAAAAAAAAAAAAAACAAAACAAAAAAUAGAAAACAAAAUAAUCUUUCAUUUUAGAAUUUCCAAGUAGUACAUACAUAUAUAUAAAACAAAAAAAAUAAAUAAAAAAUUAAAAUUAAAUAGUUUACCACUAAAAAAAAACCAAAAUUAUUUCGAAGAAUUAAAAAAAAACCAAAACACACACAAAAACAUAUAAUAUAAAUAUAUUUAAUGAAUAUAUAUUUAUUUUCUUCCCUAUAUUUUUCCUAAAAAGCAAAAAACACGCAUACAAAAACACAUACACACAAAUGAAAAAAAAUGAUUUAAGUAAAAAAAAUACCUACUUCAACUUAAGAAUAAUAAUGAAUUUGUAAUAUGAGAUAUUAGCUUUAAAAAAAAAAAAAAAAAAACAAAAAAAGAAUAUAAGUUUUAUGUUUCUUGAUACAAAAAAAAAUAUACCAGACGACAGCGAUCUUAUUUAUAUAAUUUUUUAGUUUUUUAUUUUUGUUUUGUUGUAUUUUUGUUUGUAUUUUUUAUUUAAAUUUGUUGCUUAGCGCUGUUGAGACUAUAUAAAAACCAUGAAACAUAACGAAAAACAUGUUUGCAACUUUUUAAUUUUUGUUUUCUAAAAUCAACCAAUCAACCAAUUCCAUGCUAAUCAUUUGUUAUGUUCUGUAGGUGCAUUGCCGGAAGAGAAAUAUAAAACUUAACCGGUGCUAAAAAAUCAAAUAAUUUAAAGUCAAACCUUCGAUUCUAAAUUCUAAACGAAUUCCAAUGAGAAAAAAAAUCGAAAUUUUUCCCCCCGAAGAGUCGAUUCUUUUAAAAUAUCUUUUUUGUGAUGGAUUUACACAGAUUUUCACCCACACUAGAACUUUGGCAAAAGCGAUUCAGAAUUGACACUUGACCAUUCUCUGGUAUUUGAUUGACCACAGCAGUCAGUGGAGUUACUAUGAAGUCGGGGUAUACUUAUCAUUUCGUCACUAGGAACCCCUUAAAGUUCUUGAAUUAACUCAAAUCUUUAUGCUUAACAACAUUUUCAACAAUUAACAUAUUUACGAGUUCUUUAACGAAACACAGAAUUACAAGAAAAAUCGAUGGCAAACGUGACCAUGUUUACUUGUUGAAAACCUGUGGUAUGUAUUUUUUUUACUUUGAUAUCAAUUUGGUUCUCGGGCAAUUUUCGCCAGAAGUCUGGAUUCCAAACUUGGCCUGGCAAAGCCUCCAAAUAAUUGUCAUAAAAAUUGUUCAGCCGUUCGGACCGUUGGGAGUUGUUAGUCACUAGGCCUGUUCAGAACCUUCGACUUAUCAGAGGAGCCAGGUCAGCUACAAAUGGGAAUGACCACUUGAAAAAGUAUCACUUUCGAUUUCGAAAAAUUUAUUUGUCUCUGCUUGCACUUUAAAUAGGCACUGUGGCACCAGAUACCAAAUCUAUGAUGCUAAAUCCUCCAGAUUUUUGGAAAUCUUCACUCUUGGUUAAGUUUUUUUUAUUUUUCAACUGGCAGUAAAUGCGCACAUUGCAUCAAAUAUGAGUUUUUUCUAUGAUUAUGGUUUAGAUUUUAUGAAGGAUUUCAUAUUUUCAAACAUUUUAACAAAGUAAUCAAAAUGCAGGUCAUUAAAUCAGAAACAAAAGUAGCAUAAUAGCAAAAGUGUGUUUUAAACACCAAAUUAUGUUGCGGUUAGUGCGGUACUCGCGGGUGCUUUCAAACAUGCACGGUUUUUUAUUCAUGUAAUUAUUUCGUGAUUACAUGAGGAUAAACUAUUCUUAUAGUUAAAAAUAGCUUUAUUAGACAGUUCACAGCCUAUUUUUGAUUCAUGCGGUCUAAUUGUAUUCUUCAAAGUAAGCAUGUUUGGAAGAUAGACACUCCCAAACAAAAUCUUUUUUAUGCACCCAAAAGCAAACAAUUAUAGAGGUUUGAAUCUAGGUCAAGAGUGCGUCAUUGAAUUGUAGCAAUUCUGGUGUUGUUUCAACAUUACAUGUGUGUCUUGAAUUUUAACAAAGAAUGUUUUCAAAGCGACUAACUGUCAGGUGAAAGAUCUCACAGUGAGUUGAAUCAUCCAAUGAAAUUUUCUAGCCUGGUAUAUUCUUGCCAAUAAUCUACAAGUGCUUUGAAAAGUCUCAAUUUAUACCGUCUGAGUUUUUAAAUUCAUUCUCAAAAAGUAUGUAUGUUUUUCUCAGUAACUGAAAUCAUAUUAAGAUUGCAUACAAAAAAAGGGUUUUAUCAAUGAAUCACACACAGAUUAGUAUAGUUGUAUUCAUAACAACUUUAUCCAUUUUAUAACCAUUGAAAUUUACGAAGCAAAAGUGCUGCAUUCUGCACACAAAAGUAAAAAUUUAUGAAUUUGCAUUGACUCAUCGAUGAUAAAAUAACAUUCCACAAAAUAAAAAAAAGUAAAUCGAAAUAAAACCACAAACAGGGUUGAAAAGUCUUGCCUUGAUAUAAAUCCCUCAUACCCCUUUUUAACCUGGAACACGUCAAAUGUUUAACUUUGAAUACAAUUUGAAGAAAUGGUAUUGGUAAUGAUUAAUUACUGGGGCAAAUACCACAACUACAAAUCAAGUUGACUUUUGAUUCUUUUGACGAUGUUUUAGAUAAAAUUCGUCACAAAUUCCAACUUUUGUUACGAAUUUUGAAGUAAAAAAAAAAAAAAAAACAUUCAAAAAUUAUGAAAAUCUAUUUAAAGUGCAAACUUUCAUGACAUUUCCAGAUUUAGGUAAUGAUUUUUCGUGUCCAAUAACUAUUCAAUUGAUUAGCUCAAUUUGAACACAAUUGAAAUGAAUUCUGUAUACUUUGGGUCUCUGUAAAAAUUCAUCCAAUCCUAUCACAUUUAGAAUGAAGCACUAACGCACCAAAGUCCAAAAAUACAAAAACCUGAAAUGCUAAAUUAUCAGAAGAGCGAAACCAUCACUCUCUCAGAGUACUCCAAUUAAUUUUGGAGUAGAAAUGUAGGAUGAAAAUUCACAUUGACCCCUCUUAUUAUUCUAUCAUUGAUCUACUUUUGUUGCAAAUGUUUGUAAACUUAAUUAAAACAAAAUAUAAUGUCCUAGUCCUCUUUGUUUUUAUAAAUUUUGAAUAAAAUAAUCAAAAGGAAUAGAAACGAGCUUUUCAUAUGCGCAGUGUGUGCUCUCAUAAAAGUAGCGUAGUGCAUUUUAUUUGUUUACUCUUUUUUUAAGAUUAAUGCAUUUUUUCUCUCAUUCCUUGCAAAUUUUAUUUUUAAACCAUUUAAGAAGAAGAAGAAAAUUCUCUAUCUGCUUUUCUUUCUCUAUCUCAAUCUCUCAAUUCAUACAUAAAAACACAUAUACAAACAAAAAUGGACCACUCAAUUAUCUUGUUUUUAUUUUUUUUGUUUUCAAAGAAAAGCAUCAUCUUUUAUUCUUUGCAAAAAUAUACAUACAUACAUACAUAAAUAUCGUUGUGUAUUAUUUUAUUUUGUUCAUGUUUUUUUCUUUCUUUUUUUUUUGUUGUUAUUCGUACAAAUAAAAAAAACAUAGAAUGAAAUAACUAUCUAAAUUAAAGCACAAAAACAUUAUGUAAACUAAAUACGCAUACAAAUGAAACCAAAACUUAUUAUUAUAAAUAUAUAUUUAAUAAAACAAAUAACUACAUGCAUAUAAUAAAAAUUUAAAAAACAAAAAAACCCAAUCAAAUGAAAGGAAUUUCUCAAUUUUAUUAUUUUUAUUUAAGUUUUAACUAUGUUUAUUAUUAUUAUUAUUAUUAUUAUACAUACUAUUAUUAUUGUAUUAAAAAAAAAAAAAAACAAAAUAUAUAGCACAAAACUCUAUAUACUAUUAUUUAAAGUAAAAUUAGUAUAAACUUUUAAAUAAAAUAAAAAAAAUAUAAAAACAAAAAAAAAACAAAUAAACCAAUUCGAUGACACACUAAGCCACAAAAAAAAAUACAUCCUUUUCAAGAAAAUUAAAAGAAAAACAAAAACAACGGAGAUUGCCAUACUUAAAGCAAAGAAAAAGUAAAAUCAAAUUAUUUGCCAUUGAUUUCUUAAAAAAAAAAAAAAGAAAAA